UUGGUUUCUGCAGACUACGUUUUGUCACGGGGAGCCAAGGUCCACCGCGGUUGUCAAACCUGACCGUUACACAUCUUUGAUUCACUGCCAAACCCCCCAGCAACCCCUCCUCCGAGGUCUGUGUUUCGCCACCCCCUUUUUCUGGGCCGCCGCCUGCCUCGUAGCUCCGUUAUCGGACCCGAGAAGCUGGCCUGCUAAUUAGCAAACAAGCUAACGAUUGCCAGAUUUCACCCAUGUCCUCUGAAGAAGGGUUGAGCUCAACGAUCACGGAUUGGCUUUUCAUCAAUUCUUGGUGGCUCCUCCUGCCAUUCAUCAUGCUUCUUGUAGUUGCUGCCUUCAUUGUUGCCUUUGUGCUGCUGUUAUACAUGAUAUCGCCUCUUAUUAGUCCCAAACCUCUUAAACUGAACGGGGCCCACGUAGUGGUGACAGGAGGCUCAAGUGGGAUUGGGAAAUGCAUUGCAAUCGAGUGCUACAGGCAAGGAGCAUUCAUCACUUUGGUGGCACGAGAUGAGGCUAAACUGCUUCAAGCCAAGAAAGAGGUGGAGAAAUUUGCCAUCAAUGAUAAGCAGGUGGUGCUCUGCAUAUCAGUGGAUGUUUCCAGUGAUUAUAGCCAAGUGGAAAGUGUGAUAAAACAGGCUCAAGAGAAGCUGGGGCCUGUUGAUAUGCUUGUGAACUGUGCUGGAACAUCCAUUUCUGGAAAGUUUGAGGAAGUGGAGGUGGACCGUUUUAAAAAACUGAUGGAAGUGAACUACUUGGGCAGUGUUUACCCGACACGGGCCGUCAUAACCACCAUGAAGGAGCGAAGAAUGGGCCGCAUCAUGUUUGUGUCCUCUCAAGCUGGCCAGAUUGGUCUGUUUGGAUACACUGCCUACUCUCCUUCCAAGUUUGCCCUGCGUGGCUUAGCAGAGUCGCUGCAGAUGGAGAUAAAGCCGUACAAUAUCUAUGUGACUGUGGCCUACCCCCCUGACACUGACACUCCAGGACUGGCUGAGGAAAAUAAGACGAAGCCUCUAGAGACCAAAUUAAUUUCUGAAACUUCUGGAGUUUGUCAACCGGAGCAAGUGGCCAAAAUCAUUGUGCGAGAUGCAGUGCAAGGGAACUUCAACAGCUCCGUGGGACCCGAUGGUUACAUGCUUUCAGCCCUCACCUGUGGAAUGUCACCUGUCACCUCUAUCACAGAAGGUCUCCAGCAGAUUGUUACCAUGGGGUUAUUUCGGACCAUUGCCCUCUUCUACUUGGGGAGUUUUGACAGCAUUGUGCGCCGCUGCAUGAUUCAGAGAGAGCAGUUAAAAGCAGCUGACAAGAGGGAGUAACAGCAGCCUUACCUUCUUCACAGCCUAGUGCCCCUCUUCCUCCUCCUCUUCCACACCCCCACCCCCUUCCCAUCCCUUUUUCCAGCUGUUCAAGUGCACAUCCAUAGGUGAGGAAAAAGGCCAAGCUUUGAGUGCAUUUCUGGUAUCAAUGUAACAGCUGGGAUAAAAGAAAAUGGCAGAUGUUUACUCUUUGCUUGUCCAGUGAUGUAACUCCUCCAUAGACUUCACAGCCAUUUCGAUUUUUCAAUCCUAUGAGAGCAUUCCAGUGACUUUUCGGUUUAAUGUGUCCACCUGCUUCUUUUUGUGGGAGCAGCCUUACUUUAGGGGAAUGAGGGCAGACUAAACAUCCCACAGCCUGGUUUUGAAGUAGGUAGGCUUUGUGAACCACUUAUAUUUUAGAUAUCAGGCCUCCCUGCCUCUACUCGCACAGUUGUUUUUUUUUUUGGUUCUUUUCCUCACAGAGAGGAAAAGCAACAGAUAGCCUGUCUGACCAGUUGUGCCAAAUAUGGCUUGAAAUUCAUUCCCACCAGGGGCUAUAGUGAAAACCUGAAUGGUAACUCUCACCUUUUGCCAUAUUGUUGCAUGUUUCACAAAACUAGGUCCACCUUGUAAGUUUUCACUAAACAAGUCCCUUUUUCCUCUACCUUGUCGUACCACAAGUCUUUGCAGGCAAAGCACCUUCCUUUUUGACUGAAUAACUUUUCUGUUUGAAACCAGUUAUGACCCUCAACGUUUUGUUUAUGUUGUGGGAUGUUUUGCUUUUGUGCUCCGUGUGUGAACCAAACCAGGAUGCGAUACAGUACUCUUAAGUGAUUUCAGAGAAAGAAAGAGAGAGAGCGUGUGAUGUUUUUAAUUGUUUUAUAAAUUUUACUAAUGCAAAAACAUAAUUUCCAGAGAAUAAUAUUCAAAAAUUUUAGACAGUGUUGGAGCAAAGAAUUUUAGGUGAAUUGUUUGCAUGACUGCGUGUGUGUGUGUGCGUUUGCAUUUGCUGUGACUGAGCCAACCCCUGGGGAGAGAAAAGCCAUUAGAUUUUAUUGUCUCGGGAAUAAACACACCAAAUUAUUUUCUCGUCAUCCAAGCUUAUUUCAUAGAGAAACGGAAGCAGGUACAAUGGGUUGAAGCCAUGAAAUUAAAAGAUGGAAAAAAAAAACCCACCAGCUCAGGUGACUUCACCUUUCACCUGUGCAUUUGAUCAGUUCAGUACACUUUUUUUCCUUCAGUGUGUGAAAGGAAGCGUAUCAUUUUUACAUGCAGUUUUGUGAGUCUGUGCACAUAUUCAGCCACCCGAGUGAAGAUCCAAGUGGGAUCCAUAAUCUGUCGGGGUAGUGUAAGUCAGGGCAGGGCAGGACUCGCUGGUUCGAGUCAUGUCCCUGUAGGUCUAGUGAGGGCGCUAGAGAUUUGUUUUACAUGAAGGCCAAAACAGUAGAGGGACUAGCAUGGAAGUGUGAUCCUUGUCCCUCUGACUUUGACCUGCUGUCACUCUGUCAUGCACAGUUAAGACUUUGUAACUCCCUAAAUAACAAUAUCGAUUCCCUCCUGAUUUCUUGUCAAGCCUUGGAAAAUCUUGUAUUUACCAUGUGACCUUUUUAUUAUUUUGCAUAUAGAGGGAGAAAAAGUACAGCACCGACUCUUGCAAGUCUUCCUUUGGUCCAUCACAAAUGGGGAGAAUGUACUUUAAUACAAAUCAGAACAUAGGAACAUUAUUUUUAAAUAUACCAAUAUUUGAAUGCCAAAAUGUGUUAAGACAAUUUCUGUAGAUGCAAUGCAUUUAUUUGAGAUUUAUUUCGAUGUUGCUGCUCUGUUGAUCUUAGACUUAGUUUGUUAAAGUUGUGGAGCAGUGUGGGGAUCCAUUCUAAGCCUUAAGACGUGACUACUGAUGAAGCAAAUGCUAUAAGAAUGGACCUGUCCACAGAAAAAUGUGGCUUAACCCACAUGUGGUUUACCAGUUCAUUUAAUAUGACUUUUCAGUGUAAAAUGCCAACUGUUUUUGUGUAUUUUGUCAAUUUCCAGUCUUUGUAUGAUAAAAAGAAGCCUUACUGAAAUCCAAGAUAUGAAAGUGAGAAUGGAUGACUCCCGUUUGAUGAUGUUCUCAUUUGACAUUGGUUAAAGGCAUACUGUCCUGCACUCAAGAGCUUUUCAUAAUUGUACAUUUAUUGCUUUCAGAAGUUCUCUUUUACCUUGAGGUAGCAACACAUAGUUGAUAGAACAUGUAGCCCAUAUAAAAGCAGUUUUGUUUUAACACCUUUAAGCUAUGCAAUUGAAGCCUAUGCUUACAAUAUGUUUAAACAUACAGUCAAGAUUUUAAGUUCUGGAACAGUUACUAAUUUUACCCUCUUUAAUGGCAUCAUCAUUGGAUACUUAUUGAGUAUUGGACAUGAAACUCAUAACACUAUCUUACUUUCUUUUUUUUUCUUUUUUUCUGCCAAAAAACUUAACACCUUCACCUUGUGUGCCAUUGAAAGAAAAUGUGAGAAGUGAACAUUUCUUUGUCUUAUUUUCUUACAUGAUAAACUAAAUAAAUACCUGUGAGGAAAAACA